AUGGCGGGCUCGAUGCAGCUCCGCUCUCUGGACGACAAAGGUGUGGCGGUCGCGGAGCACCCGGCAGAGCCCUCGAGACAGGAGAAGGACAAUCAGGAUCUCGCGCGACUAGGGAAGAAGCCUGUGUUGAAGCGCAACUUUGGGUUCGUCUCCAUGCUGGCGUUUGCUUGCACCGUCAUGAUCACUUGGGAGGGAGUUUUGCUUCUUUUCUCCAUCAGCUUCAACAAUGGCGGGUACGCUGGCUCGGUCUACGAAUACAUGCUGGUCUGGGCUGGUACCGCGACGACGUUCGCCACGAUGGGCGAGUUGGCAUCCAUGGCGCCCACGGCAGGAGGCCAGUAUCACUGGGUCUCUAUGCUUGCCCCGAAAUCAUCCCGCAAAAUCCUCAGCUAUCUCGUUGGCUGGCUCACCGUCACCGGCUGGCAAGCAAUCGUUGCAUCCGGAUGCUUUCUUUGCGCCACUCUCAUCGAAGGACUUAUCAUCAUGAACGAUGGCGACUACGCCCCCAAGGCGUGGCAGACGAUGCUUUUCUACUGGGCUACCAUCGUCUUCGCAAUCUCCGUGAACACGGUCAUUAGCAGGCUUCUGCCGAACAUUGAGAGUCUCAUUCUGAUCUUACACACUUUCGGCUUCUUCGCCAUCCUGAUUCCGUUGGUUUACUUCGGCCCGCAUGGACAUGCUAAGUUGGUGUUUACAUCCUUCUACAAUGGAGGGAAAUGGCCGACACAGGGUCUUUCGUUCAUGGUGGGGACGGUUGGUCAAACUUUCAAUCUUCUGGGCGCGGAUAGCGCAGUCCACAUGUCGGAAGAGAUACACAACCCGGCCCUCAAUGUUCCGCGUGCAAUGGUCUUCAGUGUCCUACUCAACGGAACCCUCGGACUCGGGAUGCUCAUUGCCGCGCUCUUUUGUCUCGGUAAUGCCGACGAAGUCCUCACUAGUCCCUACGGCUAUCCAUUCAUGGCAAUAUUCAAACAGGCGGUUGGUUCUUUGCCCGGGGCUUUGACUAUGGCCGCCCUCAUCACGACCCUGAACAUCUGCGCAACUAUCAGCUUCGUCGCCACGGCUUCGCGCAUGACUUGGGCGUUUGCACGUGAUCGAGGGACUCCUGGCUGGGCAACGUUGAGCAAGAUUGAGCCCAGAACCACCCUACCCCUAGUAUCUAUCGCCCUGACCAUGAUCACCGCCAUUCUCCUCUCCCUAAUCGGUCUCGGCUCCGCCGUGGCUUUCAACGAUGUCGUCUCCCUGGCCAUUAACGGCCUGUACACCUCCUAUCUCCUCGGUAACAGCCUUCUCCUCUACCGCCGACUCACCGGCGGCGUCAGGCCCUACUCCGCGUCCGACACGACUCUCCGCAAUACCAUCGACUCCGACCACCUUGUCUGGGGCCCCUGGAAGAUCCCGGAGCCGCUAGGAACCAUCGUAAACGCGUUUGGAUGCAUCUAUCUCUUCGUCAUGCUGGUCUUCAGCUUCUGGCCGACGCAGGCAAACCCGACGCCAGAUCUGAUGAACUACAGCUCGCUCAUGGUGGGUGCCGUACUGAUCUUUGGGGUGGUGUACUACCUGGUUUGGGGCAAUCGGUCGUACACGGGCCCGGUUGUGGAAGUGGAUGCGAGCAAGUGAGGGCUGAGGAAAGGCUUUCGACUCGGCAAUACGGGUCUGCGGAGCGCAUCAAAGCGCUUCGGAGGAGAAUUCGAAAAGGGGAUAGAGAUGCCAUUUGAUGCUACCUCAGCGUGAUAUGCGUCAACAAUAUACAGUAGACUUGGUGC